CUUCAGCGACCAGCUGUUUACGACCGCAUUAUUUUGUUUAUUCUUUUUAACCAUGUCGGAAGCUGAGGAAAAGUGUCAUUUCUGUCGCGAAGCGCCCUUCAAGUACACCUGCCCCAAGUGCAAUGCCCUGUACUGCAGUGUGGGAUGCUACAAGUCCAAGGAGCACCUCAAAUGCUCCGAGGAAUUCUACAAAUCCUGCAUCCAGGACGAACUUGCGGGAGCCACGGUGACGCAGGAAAGCCAGGAGGACGUGAGGAAAAUAUACGACAUAUUGAAGAGGAUGCGGGAAUCGGACAAUGGCUUCUGUCCCCAGGAUUUCGAUAAUGAUGGGUUGGAAAAUCCUUUGGAUUCGGACGGAGGCGAUGAGGGAGAGGCAGAAGAUGAAGAAGGGGAAGAGAUUCCUGGAGAGGAAGAUUUACUUGAUGACGUUGAAGAAGACAUAGCUGCUCGACUUAAGGGCGUCGAUAUCAAUGAUGCGGACGAAGUUUGGAGCAGGCUAACCACGGAGGAGCAAGAGGAGUUCCAGAAACUAAUCACAAACGGUGACAUUAUGAAGCUCAUGCCGGACUACAAGGCCUGGUGGAUCAAGCCAAAGAACUCCAAGAUUGUGGUUAUUCCCACGCCCGAAGAGGCUGCCAAGAAAGAGAGCCCUGCGCCCGAAAUAUACGGGAAUAUUGCCAAGUUCUCGGACAUUUGUAAAAAGACUCCUUCGCCCUGCCUGCACUUUAAUCUGUGGAACAUCCUGAGCGCCUACGCCUGUGUGGCUCGCUUUUUUGGCGGCGAACAGAGAACAAAUGCCAGUGAAGCGGUGGCCCAUCUCGUCAAUCUUAGUGCCACCUUAAAGUAUGGCACCAACUUUGAGGAUGCCGAGGACGCCAUUGUCUCCGUCGAGAUGGAGGCCAUCACUACGGGGAAUGGGCCUGCGGGAGCGGCACCCGUGGGAAGUGCGGCAGCAGGGGCGAAUUUCCUGGUGGAAAGCCGGGAUCAACUGCAGCAGGAUGCCCGCCAGCUGAUGGCUUCAAAGGAGCACAAAUUGGCCGCUCUCAGCGAUGUGCUUCACCUCCUACAGCAGACAAAGACCAUGAGCAGGCGGAAGAAUCCACAAGAAGCCGAGUUCCAGAAACUAUUCGCCCUGGCCAGCGGAAGUGUAGAGCUGGAUCGCACAAAACUGACCCAGCUUGUGCGGAAGAUCGAGUUCAUGCUGUCGUAUGUGGCGCGGGAAGAGGUCCUUUGAGAUUUCCGUCAAAAUAUACAUUUUUAAAUUCCA